AGUCCCACCAGCACUGAUGAAGCUCAAGUACAUCUUUGCUGGUGACGCACAUAAACAAGUUCCACCCACCACAACUGGACUCCGCCCGUAAGCUCCAGAAGCGAGAUGAAAACGGGCCGAGGACGCAGGUCCAGCUCCCCAGAUCCUCUAGCAGUUCCGUCGAAAAUUGUCCGGAGGGAUUCUGCCUCUGGAUCCCAUGGUGUCUGCAGACUGACAAGCAGUCCAGCCAAGAGGAUCUCCACUCCUACUAAAAGAAAAUACUCUUCUUCUCCCAGAAGGCAUAACUUUAAAUGCCAUGGCCAAAGACAAGAUUUUUCUGAGAGGGGAAAUGACAGUGUACAGUCACCUGAAUUUCAUUCAGAGGAGGACACAGAGCUGGGAUUGGUCAUUACACUGGAUGAAGAGAGGGGCAAGGAAGACGAACAGGUGAAGAGAAAAAGUGGAGGGAAACUGAAGAAAGCACUGCCAGAUAAGGAAAGCAUGGCUGAAGAAACCGAUCCGGAGGAGGACAGCGAGGACAGCGAGUUCAGACAACUUGACAGAGAUUUAGCCAUUAAGUCCAAACAGCACAACUUGACUUCAGUCAACGUGCGCAACAUCAUUCAUGAGGUGAUUACCAAUGAGCACGUAGUGGCCAUGAUGAAAGCAGCCAUUAAAGAGACGCAGGAUAUGCCCAUGUUUGAGCCCAAGAUGACUCGUUCAAAGCUCAAAGAGGUUGUUGAGAAAGGCGUGGGAAUUCCCACAUGGAACAUCUCACCUAUCAAGAAAUCAAGUGAAUUAAAGCCUCCUCAGUUUGUAGACAUUCCCCUUGAGGAUGAAGAAGACUCCUCUGAUGAAGAGUAUCACCCUGAUGAGGACGAAGAGGAUGAGACUGCAGAGGAGACUAUUCUGGAGAGUGACAUGGACAGCAUAGCAUCAUCUCCACGUAUCAGUAGACGAGGUCGCUCUCGCACACCAAUAGAGCUCUCAGAGUAUGAUGAAGAAAGGAGCAGCAGCCCAGGACCGAAACCCAGGCCAUCAAGGCACCUGAGAGUGGAAGCAGUACCAAUGGGUCCUCCUGCUCCUCCUUCUCAGGCCUGUGGCUCCUCCAGACCCCCAAAGACUAUUGACUCCUUCAUGGAGAAACUGCAUGCUGUGGAUGAGGAGUUAGAGCUACAUCCCCUCUGCAUGGAGCCUUACCAGGCUCUAAACAGUAAUGAGGGUGCAGAGGAAAGCCUGGUGGCGUGUAGGACACGGUCGAAACGCCCACUGAGGGACAUUCCUCUGGACCAACUGGAGGCCGAACUGUGUGCACCUGAUAUCACUCCAGAUAUGUACGACUGUGUCUCUACACUGGAAGACCGAGAGUGGAGCCAUUGGUUACAGGGUCUUAUGACCUCUCACCUGGACAAUGAAGAGGAAGGUGAUGAUGAUGACGAUGAUCCUGAAUAUAACUUCCUUGAUGACCUUCAUGAGCCUGAUCUGGAGGAUUACCGCAAUGAUCGAGCAGUUCGCAUCACUAAGAAGGAAGUUAAUGAGCUUAUGGAGGAACUGUUUGAGACGUUCCAGGAUGAUUUGAGUGUGAAGGAGCAAGAUGAAGAAGGCCAUGAGGAAGAUGAGGAGCGGGACGGAGAGUCUUUGCCACAGAGUGCUGCAAAAUUCAAUGUUCCACAGGCCAUUAGGUUUGAGGAACCUCUGGUCAACAUGCUGACUGCAUGCAGGCGUACAGUACGUGAGCAGCUGGAUGCCCUCAAUCAGAGGAAAGAACAGCAAAGCAAAGCAAACCACAGUGCCCCAGGGACCACCGUGGUGCUCAUCCCACCUCUCUGCACGCUGGUGGUGACACCCACACAGAAAAGGCAACUGCAGCAGCAGAUGCAGCAGCAUGUCCAGCUCCUGACUCAGGUGAACAUGCUGUGUAGCCCUGUGGAGGCACUGCAGAGCCAGGCCAGCACCACCAAACUGUUCAUGACGGAGCUGCAGUCAUUUGCAGAUUGUGCAGAGAAGGCACGAGCAGCAGUGGAUCCUGAGUUUAGGAGUGUUUUUCGGGUGUGUAACCUCCAGCCUUCUCUAAACCUGUUGGAAGAGCUAAAGCAAAGUCGUGUUCCUCGUGUUUCUUUAUCAAAAGCUACACAAUCACAUGCUGUACGUCCCUACCCGCUGCUCCCAGCUCAUCUGGCCUGGCUGUUUGCUACUCGAUCUGUGUUCCUAUACCCAGAGUUAUUACCCCACUGCAACCUGGACCCAGAUCUGCAACCCCCACGCAGCAAGAACUUCUACACUAAGGGGGAGGAUGGUCUGAUUGUUUUGGGCCUGAAGCACUUCAGUGAGACAGAGUUCCCCUACCAUCUAAUGAAUCAGUAUCUCAUUCGGCCUAAGAAGCUGGAGCAACUGAGAGUCCGUGUGAAAGACAUGUGCUCGAGCAGAUCUGCAGACAAUAUCAUCAAGUGUUACUGCCAGCACCAUGUUGUUCCUCUUCUACCAACAACCUGCAGUCCAAUUCUUCCUGGACAAGAGCGCCCCCCUGUGGAGAGAGAGAACACCAUCAUGCCCAAUUGGCUUAGGAAAAGUUUGCCAAACAUCCAUAAAGCAGUGUUUGGGAGCCAAUCAGAAGAGAUCCACACAUCUGAUAAUAAGACAGCUGAAGCUUCACAUCAGCUUGUCUUUCCAGAAAGAACACAAUACCCUCAGUGGCUCCCUACAGGUUUAAAUCUUCAACUGCAUCCUUCGGCCAGGCGAAAGAGUUCUGCCCGAACAUCCAAACCCCGCCCUCUGCAUGGUUUUGCACAGCCUGCUCUUACACCAUUGGCUAAAGCCCCCACAGGCACUAUUAAUUUAUUGCCUAAAGUUCCAGCAUCCCUUACCUCUCAAGGUGUAUUUCUGCUGGCUCAGACCCCAUGCAUCCCAGUGAAUGGUGCUCUCCCAGUUAAUGGGGCUCUUCCAGUGAGCCAGGUAACCUCCACACCUGCUCAUGGAACGGUGCCAUUAAGCAGAGUUGGCCCUGUUAACUUCCAGUAUGUUGUUCCGCAGCUGGGGUGUGUUAACCCUGUUGAGCCUCCUGCUAGUAUGCCACCUGCUGUAGUACAGAGAUCCUCAACAGCCUGUGUAAUACAGUCUGUGCCAAAGAAAGGAGAGGUGGCUAAGAAACGAAUCAUGCCUAGAAAGCUGCUUCCUAUCAUGCCCUCUCCUUACAAUCCAACACCUCAACUGUCCCAGAUUAUUCCUCUUGCUCCUGGGGCUCCAAUGACUGUGAAUCUGGGUGCUACAGCACCAGUAAUGGAACAAGUCAUAACUGCAAACUUUACUGAAAACAUCACUAAUGCUGUUCCACCUGUGGUCUUCGUCCAGUCUUCCUCAUCAUUGGACAGUGCUACUGUCCAUCCCCAGAUCACCACACAGGAAUGGGUGAAGUCCUCCGAUACCCCUCCCCCUCAGGACUCAGUCAAAAACAUUCCCCAUGUAGAAACACUGGCCAUGCCUUUGUUGCCUAGCAACAAUUUCAGAAUCCCAAGCCCAGAUAGUCCUGAGAAGCCAAUAGAGAAUGAGCUUAAAUUGAAAUCUAGUCCAUUGUUUUUCCCACACACUCCUUCUCCUCCACUCCAAUCUAUUGAAAACCUCAGCUCAAGCCCUGCAAUGCCAAUCAUGAGCCUUCCUGAAUGCCAUGGACAUCCUGAAAUUGCCCCCUCUGUGAACACUCUAGAUAGUAAACUCAUCUCUAACUCACUACUGCCUCCAAUCAGCACGGCUGGAGCUACACCACCAGCUGCCAGCCUUCAGAACCUCUCUGCUUUUACUAGUCUACCAAUAGACAAUUCCCAGUACAUGCUGGUUCAGUCAGCUUCACCUGGAGGCACACCGCAGUUUCUUUUAGUGCCCAAAAACAGCAUGCUCUCAAAUCAGCCUGCGCUGCCUGCUGCUGAGGGUGAAAGCAAAGUGCCUCAACAACACAUACCGCUCACUAAAACUGAGACUUUUCACACCUCAGACCUGCCAAAUAUAAAAGAAGAUAAUAUGUUGCCUGUUGGACUGCCUUCAGAAGGUGCUGUGAUCCAAAUUCCAGCCCCUUCAUGCUCAAACAGUGGUGCUGGUGAGUUUUGGAAAGAGGAGAUGGAGGUGGAAGCUGAGGUGGGUGGAGAGGAGAUGGCAGGUGCUCUUUUUGGAAGCCCAAUACUUAAGCUGUCCGAGUCCUCCUGUAGCCCAGGCUCUAGUCUGAGCAGCAGGAGCAGCAGCAAUAUGGACACAGAUGUCUCAGAGGGCAUGAUGGAUACUUGCUGGGAAAGCCCCACAUCUGAAGAACAAAGAAUAGAUGAAGAGAAAGACAGCAGCUACUCUGGUAAAAAGGAAAAGGAGAAAGACAGUGAAGAGCAGAAAGCAGAGCAUGAAAUACCAGGGAUGCUUACUAUGAGCUCUGGGGCUGAGAACCAGGAGAAACCUGGAGGAGGUGAAGAACAAAGCGAGGGAAACAGAAGAACACAAAGCGAGGAGGGAGAGGGGCAGCACAAUGAAGAGAGAGAUGGGAGUGAAGAAGGGGAAAAGAGAGGAGGUGGGGAAGGAGGUGGUAAUGGAGGGAGGCAAGGGAAUGGAGGAGGAGAUAAGAAUGAUGAAGAGAAGGAUGGUGAUGGAGAGCGUGAGGAGGAAGAGGAGGACUUUGAUGAGCUCACACAAGAUGAAGACGAAGAGGAAGUGAUGUCUUCGGCCUCAGAGGAAUCCGUCCUCUCAGUACCUGAACUGCAGGAGACCAUGAAGAAGUUGACAUGGUUGGCAUCAGAAGGGAGACUAUGUGGAGAAGGAGAUUCAGAAGAGGACAACUCUCCAAACUCUCCCACCUCCCCGACCUCACCCACCUCCCCAAUCUCUCAAAACUCCCAGGAAGAGAAUUCGGAAGAUGAGGAGGAUGGGACCAUGAAGGGUGAGGAGCUGGAAGCCCCAGAGGGGGAUGGAGGAAAACUGCCUGAAGGAGACGCACCUCAGGAGGACGAUCCUCCGCAGGCCAGUGAGAAAGGAGCAGGACGUGGCAGAGGUCGUGGUCGCCCUCCACCCCGCAGUCUGAAGCGUAGCAGGCGGCAGGAACGGGGAAGCAAAGAUACCUCUAAACUCCUCCUUCUUUACGAUGACCACAUACUGGAGAAUGAUCCUUUAAGGGAGAGCAAGGAUAUUGCCUUUGCCCAGGCCUAUCUCAACAGGGUGCGGGAGGCUAUGCAGGACACUCCCGGUAAAAUGGAGGAGUUUUUGGGUCUGCUGUAUGAGUUUGAGCAAGGAGGGGAUGGCCAUAGUGCAGUGGAGCUUUUUUCUCAGUUAAGACCACUCCUCAAAGACUGGCCUGAUCUGCUGAGUGACUUUGCUGCCUUUCUUCUCCCAGAGCAGGCUCUGGAGUGUGGACUGUUUGAGGAGCAGCAGGCAUUUGAGCGUAGCAGGAGGUUCCUGAGGCAGCUAGAGAUCAGUUUUGGGGAGAAUCCCUCUCACUACCAGAAGAUUGUGAGAGCAUUGCAGACUGGGGCAGCCUUUACACCUUCAGGAAUAGAGGAGCUCAAGGCCCAGAUGGCCACUCUCCUCAAAGGUCAUACACACCUGCAGGGAGAAUUUUCUGUGUUUUUUGAUGAGCUGCGACCGCCACCAGCACGCCCCGGGCAGUUUGAAGAGGCUGUGUGGCCUGAGGAUGCAGGGAGCGGACUGGAGGGAGGUGACGGAAGUAUAAGCUUGACGAGUGGCGGAGCGGUAAGUGGUGGGUUUGAGGAAGUCACACUCCCUGAUUUGGAAGAAGAAGAUGAAACUCACAAGCUUCCCCAGAUAACAGGCAGAAGCAGGAGAAGGAAAGAGCUUGGCAAACACAGGAAUUACAAGCAGGACUGUGAUUGGCCAGAGAAGGACUGCCCCUGUCACUGCCAUGAUUCCAGUCAUGAAGCAAAGCAUCGCCGACACAAGAGGAAAGGCUGCCCAUGCUGCCAUGGCAACAAGGGCACUGAUGGUUCCAAGGCCCUGAAGAAUGGUGAUCAGUCAAUUCCUACAGCACACCCUCUCCCUGAGAAAGGGGAAGAAAGGGAAGAGACUGAAAGAGUUGAAGAGGAGAAAGAAGAAGAAAAAGAGACAGAAACCGAGGUUAAAGAUGAGUCCGGCAGUGGAGCAAACAGUCCCCAUCACGAGCCAGAAGGACAAGUGUGGGAGACCAAUGACGGAGACCCUCUGCCCAACCCUGAUGAAAAGGAUGAUGAAGAGGAGAAUGAGGAGGAGGAGUAUAAAGGAGAGAUGGAGCACUGUUCCCCUAGCAAGCCUAGCAGAGAUGAAGAAAUGGAAGCAUGUGAACAGGCAGAGCCUAUGCUGACUCAGUCAGAAGAGAGAGACCUGAUGCAGAGCCGGCAGAGUCCCUCCUCUGAUACGCCUGUCUGUGCUAAGAACAUCUCUCUCACACCCAGCGGAGAGAGGGUCGUCCUCUGGACCAGAGAGGCUGAUCGAGUCAUUCUAACUGCCUGUCAACAGCAAGGAGCCAAUCAGAGCACAUUUCAGGCUGUAUCAGCUGAGCUCGGCAACAAAACCGCCAGUGAGGUUUCCAAGAGGUUUCGGGACCUGAUGCGUCUGUUCCACACUUCAGCUCGUCAGGCCAGCUCUGAGGAGGAAGGCGCUGAACAUCAUUCAGCCACAGAUGAGGAACAAGACUAACAUGAUUGUGUACUGGGAUCAAACCUUCCACACACCAGCUAAAGUGCAUAUUAACACCUGGAAUGUGACAAGGAUCAUGGAUUCACGUUUUCCUGCCAUAUAACCUCAAUUUCUGCUGCCAGCAUCUGCAAAACGGAAACCACAAUGGCAGAAAAAAUGUGCAGACCAGUUAAUCACCAGCAAACUAAAUGUAAAUGGCAGCUGCUUACUCCAAAUCCUUGGAGAGACUUCGCAAAGGACGAAAUAAGUGGUAAAAUAUACCACAGAACAAGGCAGCUUUGCGUACUUGUUUCAACAUGAACAAAUAAUUUGUAAAUCUUUGACUACAAGAGUGGGCAAGUCCCUAUUAUGUACAGUAUUUUUAUAUCAGGAGUUGAUUUAAGUUUAUGUGUGUUUUCUGUGUGUUUUUCAUAAGAUAAAAAAAACCUGCUCAAAGAAAAUAAUUUAGAUGACAGCUGUUAAUAAAAAGAUCAUUUUUAUUUAUGUAUUUAGUGUAUAUUAUAGUGCAUUGUGCCCAUUGUCACUUUUUUAGUUUGAGGUUGUAUACAAUUGUACAAAAUACUACUUGAGUUUCAGCAUAAAGGAAAGCACAGUUCUGGAUUCUGUAUUAAUGCUUCUGCUGUAUUUGGUUAAAAUAAUAUAAUUGUUUGCAUCUAUUUUAGGAGAAUUAAAACUAAACAAGAUGAUAAAAAAUGAAUGAGAUGCUACUUUUGGGGAAAUAGUGUCAUCAGCAAGAUAUCUAAAUAGACAAGCCCUGUGCGUAAAUCCGUUUUAAUCUAAAAUACCUUCACCGAUUCAAGACAUAACUCGAUUUGUUUUAUUAAAACUGUUAUCACAAUUA